GAAGCAAGCGGGGUGAUCACACAGAAUGACGAUCAUGGCUCUCUCCCGUGCCGCCGCGUCGAGAGGGUUCUUCUUCGCGCUGAUCCUUGUCGCGUGCUGCAGCCUCAUGCUGCAGGCGGCGGCGGCGGCGGGCGGCGGCGCGGACGGCGUCGUCGUCGGUGCUGAUGGUGACAAUAAGCUGAUGAUGGACCGGUUCCUCCGCUGGCAGGCGACGUACAACCGGUCGUACCCGACGGCGGAGGAGCGGCAGCGGCGGUUCCAGGUGUACCGGCGCAACAUGGAGCACAUCGAGGCCACCAACCGGGCGGGCAACCUGACGUACACGCUCGGCGAGAACCAGUUCGCCGACCUCACGGAGGAGGAGUUCCUGGACCUCUACACCAUGAAGGGGAUGCCCCCCGUCCGCCGUGACGCCGGCAAGAAGCAGCAGGCCAACUUCUCCUCCGUGGUGGACGCGCCCACCAGCGUCGACUGGAGGUCCAGGGGCGCCGUCACGCCCAUCAAGAACCAGGGCCCAUCCUGCUCUAGCUGCUGGGCAUUCGUGACGGCGGCGACGAUCGAGAGCAUCACCCAGAUCAGGACAGGGAAGCUGGUGUCGCUGUCGGAGCAGGAGCUGAUCGACUGCGACCCGUACGACGGCGGCUGCAACCUGGGCUACUUCGUGAACGGGUACAAGUGGGUGAUCCAGAACGGCGGGCUGACGACGGAGGCCAACUACCCGUACCAGGCGCGGCGGUACCAGUGCAACCGCUCAAAGGCCGGGCAGCGCGCCGCCAGGAUCUCCAACUACAGGCAGCUGCCGCAGGGGGAGGCGCAGCUGCAGCAGGCGGUGGCGCAGCAGCCCGUGGCGGCGGCCAUCGAGAUGGGCGGCAGCCUGCAGUUCUACAGCGGCGGCGUGUGGUCGGGGCAGUGCGGGACGCGGAUGAACCACGCCAUCACCGUCGUCGGCUACGGCGCCGACUCGUCGGGGGUCAAGUACUGGCUCGUCAAGAACUCGUGGGGACAGACCUGGGGCGAGCGCGGCUACCUAAGGAUGCGCAAAGACGUCAGGCAAGGGGGACUCUGCGGCAUCGCGCUCGACCUCGCAUACCCGAUUGUGUGAUCGAUCGAGGGUUCCUGAAUCCUGAUUCUUACUAUAUACACACACAUGUAGCAACGGUGCUGCAUUAUAUAAUGUAUGUAUGUAUAUGUAAAAGCCAGCAGCUGGCACAGGGCCAAAAGCCAAAUUACCACCAUAUGAAAUAUUAUGGGCCUUAAUGCUAUGUGAAAUUAAAUUACCACCAAAUUAUAUAAUGUGUGUAUGUAUGUGGAAUCGAUCA